AAACGAAGCUGCUGCAGCUGCUGUUGCCGUGCCUGAUCCGCUUCGUCUCCCGCUUCUUCUGAUCUCUCUCGCUCCGAAAGCACAAGGGAAUGGCGGCUGCUCUCUCCCUCACUGCCUCCUACUACAUCGCCUCCUCCGGCUUCCCCAUCUCUUCCUCCGCCCCGUCGCAAACCCUAAAGUACCCUUCCCAACUCUUCCCCCUCCGCUCUCUCCGCCUUGCCGCCGUCUCCCUUUCCCCUCCCGCCGCCGUAUCCCCCAAGAUCGAGGAGCUGGGUAGCAAGAUCGCGGGCCUCACUCUCGAGGAGGCCCGCGGCCUCGUCGACUACCUCCAGGACCGCCUCGGCGUCUCCGCCGCCGCCUUCGCCCCCGCCGCCGUCGCCGUCGCUCCCGGAGCCGCCGCCGAAGCGGCCCCCGCUGCCGUGGAGGAGAAGACGGAGUUCGACGUGGUCAUCGAGGGCGUCCCCAGCAACGCCAGGAUCGCCACCAUCAAGGUGGUCCGGGCGCUGACGAACCUGCCGCUCAAGGAGGCCAAGGAUUUGAUCGAGGGCCUGCCGAAGAAGUUCAAGGAGGCCGUGUCGAAGGAGGAGGCAGAGGAGGCCAAGAAGCAGCUCGAGGAAGUCGGAGCGAAGAUCUCCAUCGUGUGAACCCUGGAUUGAACAGAGGAUGCGAAGAAUUCCAUGGCUAGGGAUACAUUCAAUCAAGAGCAGUUCACUUACAAAUGGCAGCUAGAGAACCUGAAGAACUCAAUUAUCGUGAAAGUAUUUUUGUUGUUGUUGUCUUCUUCUUGCUUUCCUUUUUCUUUUUCGAGCUGGAGUUUUCCAGAUGUAUGUGUAAUGCUUUGCUUCUGGGAUCUGUUGUCAUACAACUUGAGUAUCAUAUCAGGGGUUUUUAUUCUUUGGCAGAACAAGCUGUUGCCUUUUUAAAGAAUCAUAUUCUUGCCAUGUGAAGCAUUACAACCUUUUCAUC